AUGCUGUGGGGGCUCACAUACUUUCUUCUGCUGUAUUUGGGAUUUCUUCCUCCAGUUUUGGUUGAUAUCAAGAAGACAGCAAUGGAAGAUGGUCUAUGCAGUACAGUUCCUUGUGUGAUUGAAUUUUCCAAGGCACCUCUCAGAAAGCCCAUGAUUGUGAGCUAUAGGUUUAAUGAAAAUAUCAGCUUCCAUGUUGGUGCCAGCCAGCCCAGUGUCCCCAUGGGUGAUCUUUCCACAAAGGAGCUGGAAUACUGUAUCCUGCUGACCCACAGUGUGCUCAGAAGAAAACACAUGACUGACUCACUCUAUGUGGGUCUAGGAGCUCUGAAAGAUCUGACCCAAACCCCAGAGCUUCACAUCCCAGAAAGUACUGUGGCUGGAGAGCCUGUGGCUUUGACCUGCACCUGCCAAGAACCCAAAGCUCUUUUUCUCUCCAGGAAAGGACCCAGCACGUCUUCCAACACGACCGUCUCCAUCUACCCCUCUAAAGUGCUGCCCACUGACGCAAAACCUGAGGACCAGGACACCACUCUCAGAUGCCACUUAAAGCUAUCCCUAGAUAACCUGUCCAGCAGUAAAGUGGUCAAGCUACAACUGGUCUCACCAGCCAGGCUGCUCAAGUACUCCUGUUUGCUGAAGAGGACACUCACAUGUAGCUGUUCCUUCUAUGGGAUCCCCACACCUUCGGUGCAGUGGUGGGUGGGAGGAACCCCUGUGAGUGUGAAGAGCAUCGAUGCCAUCCUACACAUGACCUCCACCACACUAGAACCCUGGACCAACAGCACCAUCCACCUCAUGUGGGAGCCAGAAAUCAUCAGGAGACUUCGCUGUGAGGGGAAAAACCAAUAUGGAGUCCAUGCUUCCAGAAUCUUCUUGAUACCAGAUAAAAGCUCUAUUUCCAGUGUGUUCCUGAGAGGACUGAUCCAGGGCAUUGUGUAUGGGACCAUAGCAUCUACUUUAUUCCUCUUCUUCCUCGUUGUGCUGGUAAUGAAGAUACUUAAUUGGUGGGCGGAAAAUCAAACUUUCAAGAACAAAGAAGCCCCAGUUCUCAAGAAACCAGUUUUGGGAGGAGCCAUCCCAGCUGAAGUCUGA